AUGGAUCGCCAGUGUAUAGCAGAGAGGCAAAGGCUGACUGCAAUGCUCCCACAGGCUACGCGGCCCUCCAAAAUCAGUCGCUUGCCGGCCCCGACAGCGCACGCCGGGGGACUGACCGAGUGGAGCGAGUCACAGCAGAAUGCUCGAAGUCAAUCGUCCAUCCCCGCGCCGAGGGGCCUCAAGCGCGAGAUUCCGCCGUCCGCACCCCAAUCCGAGGCCAAGCGCAGACCCCUCGCUGAGCGUGCUCUCGACUAUCCAUCAAAGACUCCCACAAGUGCGCUGCCACGAUCCACCGUCAAAGGCCAAUCUCUGGCCAACAUCUCACAACUCAAACUACCACGACCGGCAUCUACAAUCCCUUCAGCAAGCAACAGCUUCGCAAGGAGCUUCGGUCCGGGUCGAAAUGGCGCCGCAGAAAAAUCAUUAGUUCCCAGACCAAACACACCAGCCAACCAUGCGAGAUCUAAAAGCCAAGUAGCGCGGCCACGGACAGCACAGGGGUUUCGAGAGGAGGAAGACAAAGAUGCGACGGAUAGUAAGGGUAUGAUACUCACCCAGCAACUCACGACCAUGUCUUUCAGCACGCUUUCACACCACAAAAUCAGAAAUACAAAGUCCUCUUCAUCCUUGUCCUCUUCCAGAGAUAGCUCUCUGAACACGAGGUUCAACGGUCUUUGUCUCGACGAUAAUGCUUCCCUUCACAACACAAGUCAAGUGACAGCCUCGCCUCCAGACACUACACUUGCUUUAAGUAACGUCACUGUCCACCGCCCCGGCAAUGAGAAGAGAAGCAGCAAGCAGCCACCGUCCGCGUUGCGGCCAGCGGAGAAAGCUCAAGGAUGCAACACUCAUUUCAAACCCACUUCUCCCACCAAAUCCCCCAUCAAGUCACCCAUGCGCUAUAAGAGUUUCUUAACUAAGGAUUCUAACCUCACUGGAUUUGUAGCCUUUGAUGCCGAGGAACAUGUCCGCAUGACGGAGUUACACUUUCAAGAACUAAAGAAGACCGUAGCGGACGCCAUGGUACAUACGACACAACAGGAGAAGACAUACAUGGCCAAUGCCCUUGAAUUGGUCAAUAAGAAAGCCUCGGAGUUGGAGAGCUACAAGGCAACAUUAGAGAGCGACAAGUCGAAAUUAGAGAGCACGGCCGAGUUCCUAACGAAACGAGUCUCGGAGUUGGAGAGCGACAAGUCAAGAUUGGAAGACAAGACGGAAGCCCUGAAAUCAGAUCUCGACGCCUCUAAAGAAGAAGGUCGGAAAUUCCAGCACGAUAUCGAGAAGCUUGAAUGGGAACACUCUCGACAAAUCGAUGAUCUUGCCAGAAAGCAUAAAGCCGAAAUAGACGAUCUCGCGCGGCAACACCAUACAGCAAUAGAUGAUCUGAGCCGAGAGCUCGAACGACUAAAAACGCAAGAAGCAAACGAGCAUCAGCAGCAGAUUGACGCAUUGAAUCGACGGCAUCAGCAAGAACUACGCGAUGAGCAGCAGAAACGGGAACAAGAGCUCCAGAGUUUACGGAGCAAAAUGGGAAAUGAGCAACAGGAAGCGGAGAUUGUUCUGCAGAAAAAAGAUCGAGAGGUGCGAGAUAUGCGCUCCGAGGCAGAAGGUGUACGAUCAGAUCUCCAGCGCGAGAAGGCACUUACAGGCAGUUUGCAAACGAGCAUCUCCGAGCUUUCGGCCUCCAACACGACAUUGGAAGCGAAAAUCAACUCUCUCCGGUCCCAGGUCGAGUUUCUCGAAUCCGACACCAAGGCACAAUCCGACGCGUUCGCCGCCAUGGAAGACAGGCUCCAGGAUGCUCUGAAAUAUGCCGAGGAAGCGCGACAGAAGCUCAUGAAGGAAGAAACUGAGCGCCGCGUGCUCUUUAACAAGUACCAGGAGCUCAAGGGCAACAUUCGCGUCAUGUGCCGAGUUCGACCGCCCCUUGGACACAGCGAAGGUCUGGUCGCGCAGCUCUCCUAUCCCGACGACAAGACUUCCGCCGAGAUCCUGGUUGCCGGGCCUGAAGAAAAGUCCAGUCUCGGAGUUGUUCAGAGGAAGAGUUAUCCGUUCGAGUUUGAUCGAGUGUUUACGCCUGAGAUACAAAACAAUGAGAUCUUUGACGAGAUUUCCCAGCUGGUACAAAGCGCUCUCGACGGCUACAACGUGUGUAUCUUCUGCUACGGCCAAACGGGAUCAGGAAAGACGUAUACCAUGUCAUCUCCCGAUGGUAUGAUUCCAAGAGCUACACACAUGAUAUACGACACAGUAACCAAGCUCAAGGAGAAGUCGUGGGACUAUACCUUGGAGGGUUCCUUUGUUGAGGUUUACAAUGAAGAACUAAACGACUUGCUAACACCCAAUGAACGCACUGCGGAGGGACGACUGACGAGGAAACUGGAGAUUCGACACGACGAAAUCCGGAAGCAGACGACCAUCAUGGGCUGCAAGUCUGUUCGACUAAACUCGGCCGAUACCGUAGAGUUGAUGCUGGAAGAGGCACAGAAGAAUCGGUCGGUGGCAGCCACAAAGGCCAACGAGCGAUCCUCCCGGUCUCACAGCAUCUUCAUCCUGAAGCUCAUUGGUGAAAACUCGGCAACGGGCGAACGAUGCGAGGGCACUCUCAACUUGGUCGACCUGGCCGGAUCAGAACGCCUCAAGCAUUCGCAAGUCGAAGGCGACAGGAUGAAGGAGACGCAGAACAUCAACAAGAGCCUGAGUUGCCUGGGAGACGUGAUUGAAGCGCUGGGAAGAGGGUCAGGCCACAUUCCGUAUCGAAACUCCAAGCUCACACACCUGCUGCAAUACAGCCUGGGCGGAAACAGCAAAACACUCAUGUUCGUCAUGGUGUCGCCAUUGGAGACUCAUCUGAAGGAGACUCUGACCAGCCUGAGAUUUGCUACAAAGGUACACAAUACGCACAUUGGCACAGCGAAAGCAACCAAGAAGAUGAGGGGAGAUUUAUGA